CACUUCGUAAAUACCUUCGCUGUCUUUGAUUAACUGGCAUUAAUAAAGCACGCAGUGAUUGAAUAAAACAGACGCCUAUUCAAUAUUUUUACGGAAUAUUUUUAUAUCGCGUCUUAUCGUAAAACGUUACUCAUAAAUUAAUGUACCUACAUAGUACAUGUUGUUGACCCCGUUUAUAUAUAAACUGGGAUUUUUAACACAAGUGCGGAAAGUGGUGUUUAAAUCAAACGUGUUUGAAUAACUUCGAUAUUUUGCUCUAUCGCCAGUUCAGCACUGACGUUAGGUAUAAUUUCCGGGAAAUAAGCAGCAUGUUUCCACAGUGUUUACAUGUCGCAGCAGAAAUUAUUUGAACGAAACGCCGGUAAACAGUAAAACGCUGAUAAAACGAUUUAUUUUUGCUACGAUGCAUUUGCAAUAUGCAGACGCUCGCACUUCGUCAAACACCGGCGUCGUUGCAAUGUGUUUGCAUCCUAAUUAGUGCGAGCUAUCCGAUUCAGUGCAACUGCAAUAAAGACAUCGAUCGAACCGUACCUUCGUAAAGUGAAUUUAAUUAAAAAAUAAUAAAUAUGACGUUAUUAGUGUGUGUGAUCAGAUACAUUGUUGUGGAAUAAAGUGAAAUAAAAUGAAGUCACUUCGUGAUUGCUGAAGCUCAUUUAAAUGCAUGCUACAGAAAGAACGAGUUUUCAUGUAAAACCUGAAAGGCAUUCGGUAUGGAGCAAGACAGUAGAACUGGCGCCGAACAUUUCGAUCACGAAGAAUGUCUGGAACACAGGAGAUUUUUAUGGCAACCAUUCUUAAGACAGCUAUACGUAUGUACGGUAUGCACUUCGAUAUAUUUCGUCCUGGGUCUAUGUUUCGGGGCACCAACAGUCUUCAUACCACAGCUGCGGAAAGAAGCAAAUUCUUCAUCUGAUCCCCUGACAGAGGACAUGGCAUCUUGGUUAUCAUCCAUUCUGGGCUACUGUUCAAUGCCGUGGGUUAUCAUCCUGCCAAUACUCACUCAGUACAUCGGAAGGAAGAUACCGUUCUUAAUAGUAACAGUGUUGACACUAGUCAGCUUCAUAGUUUUUUACUGCAGUACGAAUCCAACGCAUCUUUUGGUCAGCGAAAUACUACAAGGUGUAACACUCGCCAGUAACAUGACAGUCCUCAUCGUUAUAAUCGUGGAAUACUCCUCACCUAGAUAUAGAGGCGUGUUUAUGAUGAUAGAAUCGUCGAUUUUCUUUUGGGGUGUAUGGAUUGCAAACGUGACUGGAACCUUUAGCCACUGGAGGAACAUCGCUAUAAUUGCUUUUGUAUGCUGUCUGUAUUCCUUGACGGCGAUUAUUAUGCCCGAGUCACCAUCAUGGCUAGCUAUGAAGGGACGCUUUGAGGAAUGCGCGAAAGCACAUCACUGGCUGAAAGGACAUCACAAAGAAUCGGAAGAUGAACUCGAAAGUCUCAUAAAAUCUCAAAAAGAAUAUCUAAGAAAACGUGCUGCGCGAGUAAAAACAACUUCGUGGUAUAGACUUCUAAUCAUCAAAGAAACAGUGUCUGCUAAGGGUUUUUAUCAACCACUUUUACUUUCUAUGGGUGUUAUGUCUUUAUAUCAUUUUUCGGGAAAAUUAGUAUGUUCUAUGUACGCUGUAGAUUUGAUUAGUGCAAUAACUAGUAGUGAGUCUGCAGCAUAUACCGGUAUGCUCAUUUUAGACGCCGUGACAAUACUCGGCAUGCAAAUCGGUUGUGUUUUAUCAAAGUUAAUAAAUAGAAGAACAUUGUUGUUAUCUUCAUCAGCUUUAGGUAUAUUUUUCUUAUUUUUAAUAUCCCUGUAUUUGUAUCUCAUUAGUUUGAACGUCAUAGUAGAAAAUAAAAUAGUUUCUAUCGUGCUGUUAACGUCGUUUUCAGUUGCCAUUACUUGUGGUCCGAUGAUAAUGCCGUCCACUAUCUUCGGUGAACUAAUAUUUCUGAGAUAUAAGAGUUCUUCAUUGCUCAUACUUACAUUGUUUUCUGAACUAUUAAUGGCGACUGUACUAAAACUUUCUCCGCAUAUAUUCAAAGCGCUUGCACUACAUGGAGCCUUCUUGUUCUAUGGUAUAUCAGCUUCCAUUUUUGCAUUUAUUUUGUACAAAUAUUUGCCAGAGACGAAAGAUAAAACUCUGCAAGAAAUUGAGAAUUAUUUCAAAGAGUCGCAUGAAAUGGAAGAGGAUGCCAGUAAAGCGUUUAUUAAUGAGAAACCGGAUAAUUAUAACACUCAGAAACGUUAGAAGAUUUUUAUGUUUUCGUAAUUAUAUUUAAUGGCAUUUACUGUGUAAAUAAUAGAAUGUAAUUUAAGGAUAAUUAAAGUUGUUUACAAUGUU